GGGUGUCUGGUCUUGUGCUGAUCAAGAAGGAAAAGCUCCUUCCCUAAAGACAAAGUGGUUAACUUUGGGCCAAAAACAAAGUGAAAGAAACAUCUUCAUUCAAACAAACGAAGAAAACGUGACAUUGUCAUGGAUAUUUUUGGUGGUGCUCCACGUGUGCUGGGCUAUCCACGCCCUGUCGUGGCACAGAGUGGAACAGAUGCCACACUGAAGUGCCAAAUUGGCGGAGACCCUCGUCCCGAUGUCAUUUGGGAACGUAAAAAUGUCCAAAUCUUGUCUGAAGGACGAUACAAGCUCUCAGAGGAGGGGAAAGUGUACUUGUUAACCAUUACUGGAGUGAAUCCUGAAGAUGCUGGCCAGUACAUCUGCAAGGCUAGAAAUAGCGUAGGUGAAACCUAUGCAGCAGCUUCUCUUAAAGUGGAAGGAGAAGCAAAGUCACAAGAUGGAGAGCUGAUGCAAUUAAGGGUCAAUGGUGGAACCCAAUCAAUAAAGGAAAAUGGAGAUUUUAGUGGACAUGUUAAUGGAUACGGCCCGGUGCAAAAUGGUGAGAGUGUGGAGGAAAUGAAAGAAGAGCAGAAGCAGAAUAACAAUCUAAGCAAAAAGCUGGAAGGCAUUGAUUUAAUACCCAAUGAUAAGCCACGAUUCCUGAUCAAGCCCCUGUCUCUGCGAGUGGAUAGGGGAGAGGAUGCUGCUUUCUCCUGCAAAAUCUCGGGCACACCUUUGCCCAAUGUAUGUUGGGAGAAAGAUGGGAAAAAGCUGAGUGACAUCUUUGAGAGCUCACACUUCAGUGUGAGCAACCAAGAUGGUGGCUGGUUCCAGCUCAAGAUCUACAGGACGCGUAUGCCAGACAAAGGUGUUUAUACGUGCAAGGCUGUCAACGGUCACGGUGAGGCCUUGGCCGGAGCCGUCCUCCUAGUGGAACCCGUACCAGAGCGAGAAGAGAGUAAGAUUUCCUCAAACAGUCACACUAACAGCCAGUGGUCACCAAAGCCCCGAUCUGGACGGCUCGGCUUGUCCAAGCUCAUGGAGGAGCCGCCAGUCAACGCAGCAAAAGUCAAAAAGUUUGCAGUAACAGAGGGGAAGCACGCCAAGUUUCGCUGCUUUGUGACGGGCAAACCGAAACCCGAGAUCAUCUGGAAGAAGGACGGGAAUCCCCUCGAACCAGACAGGCGUCAUCUGAUAUUUGAGGACAGAGAGGGUUACUACACACUGAAGGUUCUGUACUGCAAGCUCCAGGAUACAGGACUGUAUGUGUGCGCUGCAUCAAACACUCUUGGAAACACCCUUAGCGCUGUUCAUCUUACUGUGAAAGGCCCAGCUGUGCGAUUUAGACGCUCCUUACAAGACGUGGAGGUGAGGGAGAGGGAUGUUGCUGUGCUGGAGUGUGAGGUGCCAGAUGAGAAGAUACCAGCUGCCUGGUACCUUGAAGACCAGCGGCUGAUGCCCAGCAGUAAAUAUGGGAUGGAGCAGAAAGGAACCAGACGGAGACUCACCAUCCACGACAUUGGAGCAGAUGACGAUGGAGUCUAUCUGUGCGAAAUGCCUGAUGGAGCAAAGAGCAUUGCCGAGCUAUCAGUUAAAGGUACUAUUCUUCGUAAACUUCCCCGGAAGCUGGAGGUCCUCGAGGGGGAGAAUGCAGCAUUUUGUGUGGAGGUGGAGGAUGAUGAUCUGGAGAUCCACUGGUUCAAAGACGGCCUGAAGCUUCACGAGACGCACCAAACCAUUCUGAAAUCCUUCGGUAAAACCCACAUUCUGGUCUUUGUAAACGUGGCCCAUCACGACUCGGGGGUUGUGACGUUCGUCACAGGAAGAUCCAAGACGUCGUCACGGCUUAAAGUCAAAGCCACCAAACACAGCCCUCCUAUCUGCCCCGGGGAUAUAAAAAUGGAUGUGGAUAGACCCAACAGUGCUCUGCUCACCUGGGUGGCCGCCCCCAACAGCCAGACCUCCACCCGCUCUGUCUUUGUUCUGGAACGGCAGGAAGUGGGCUCGCAGGAGUGGCAGAAGUGUUUCACCUCAGAGACCGACACCUCUGUUGAAGUCACGGGGGACAGCGUGCCUUGUGAAGGCAAUUACCGCUUCCGUGUCAGCUGCAUCAACAAAUAUGGACGAAGUGGCCAUGUAGAGUUUCCCAACGUUGUCCAUCUUGCCCCAGGCCCCAAGAUUCACAGCCAUCUCAAAAGCUGUGAGAUGGUGGAAGGAGAAGAUGCUCAUUUCUCAAUUGAACUGUCCACCUCGAUGGUCGGAACUUGGUUUUUCAAUAGCUCCCAACUGCAGCAUGGUGGGCGAUAUUCAAUACAACACACUCAAACAAAGCACUCGCUGGUGAUCCAUGAAACUCAAGCAGCAGAUGACACCGCUGAGAUCACAUUCAUAGCCAACGGAGUCAGAGACUCAGCUGUGCUCAAGGUUAAACCUGCCGUGGUGAAGUUCACCCCACUGUCAGAGUUAGACAGCAACAAGAAAGUGGAGGCAGGUGAGGCCAUCGUUCUCUAUUGUGAAGUCUCCCACCCUGCUGCAAAAGUUUCCUGGUUCAAAGAUGGAGAGGAACUUCAGGUGACUGAAGGCCUGAACAUCCAGUCAGACGGGAAUAUGAGGAGGAUAGUGAUCCAGGAUGCUGAUGUAUCUCACUCGGGAGUUUAUACGUGUGAAACGUCAGCGGAUGUCAUCAAAUUCAACGUUGAUGUAGGAGGUCCUCCAGUGGAGUUCAGUCCAGUCGCAGAGGACGAGCUGCAUAAAAGCAGCAUGGAGCUGGACCCCGUGGUCCUGCUCUGCCACGUGUCCACAGCUGACGCUGAAGUUGUGUGGUACAAAGACGGCUGUGAGAUCCAGCCCACUGACAACAUAACUCUGCAGGAGGAAGGAACCAUGAGGAGGCUAAUCAUCCGCUCUGCAGAAACUUCAGAUGCUGGAAGUUACACGUGCCAGGCAGGAAACAACAGCAUGGACUUCACUGUCAAUAUCAGAGAACCUCCAGUGAUAAUUGUGGAACCAAAAGAUGACGUUGUGAUGGAAGGUUAUGGAUCAGAGGAGAUAAACUUGCAGUGCGAGUUGUCUCGCUCCAGCGGGAAAGUGCGCUGGUUCAAGGAUGGCCUGCAGGUGCAGGAAAGUGACGAGAUCCAGCUGAUAUCAGAAGGUCCUUAUAGGAAGCUCAGCAUCCUCUGCGCCGCAGGAGAGGACAGUGGAGAGUAUGUCUGUGAAACAGAUGGAGACUCUGUCUUCUUCCAGCUGAUUGUUAAAGAACCACCAGUAAAGAUAGUUUCUCCUAGCCAAUCAGAGGUAGAAGUGAGCCACUUGGCCUCAGAGAGGCUGGAGCUCAGCUGUGAGAUCUCUCAGGCCGAUGCACGGGUCCGUUGGUACAGGGACAGUCUGGAGGUAGAAGAGGGGUGCAACUUGAUCCUGGAGGAGGACGGGGCCAAGCGCGGUCUAGUCAUACCUUGUACAACUGUGGACGAUACUGGGGAGUACAUUUGUUACACUGAAGAUGACUCCGUGGCCUUCCUGGUGACCAUUACAGAGCCACCAGUGACACUUACCCGUCCCCAAAACAUACCUGAUCAAGUGGCCAGCUUCACAGGAGAACCAAUCGUUCUGGAAAUAGAGGUGUCCCGUCCGUCAGCAGAAGUCCAGUGGUGGCUGAAUGGCAGGGAAAUAAAAGAAAGCAGCAACUUCACCAUCACAGAGGACUCCCUCAUCCGCCGCCUGACCAUCCACUCUCCCACUCCUGACGAUUCUGGGGAAUACACCUGCUAUGCCAGUGAUGAUAAAAUUGAUUUCCAGGUCAAUGUUACAGAGCCACCAGUGAAUAUCUUAAGAAAGUCAGAAGACGAGUCAAACUUAAAGUUCAUGGUUUCCGAUGACAUUGUGCUGGAGUGUGAGCUCUCAAGAGCAAAUGCCAGCACCAAAUGGUACAAGGAUGGCUGUCGUCUUGGGGAAGAUGAAAGAUUCUGCGAAGAAGAAGAAGGUGCUUUCCGCUCACUGGUCAUCCUCAAUGCUGAACUUGAAGAUUCAGGAGAAUACCUUCUUGAUGUUGGAGAUGACAGCCUUACCUUCCAGGUUACAGUAGAAGAGCCUCCAGUUACCAUUGUAGGAAACUCGUAUGACGAUGACUACCAGGAGAUGGUAGCAGGCGAUGACCUAAUCCUGGCUUGUGAGGUGUCUCGGGCCAAUGGCCCCGUUACCUGGUACUGCAAUGACAGGAUGCUCACCAACGAUUCCCGUACCACCAUUGAAAGCUACGGGACCCUGAGAAAACUGAUCAUCUCAAGUAUAGAGUCAUCCGAUUCUGGAAAGUACGUGUGCGAUGCUGUGGAUGACAAGAUGGUCAGCAUUGUCAGGAUUCAAGAGCCUCCAGUUACUUUUGUAAACAAGGAGGACGACAUUGUUGUUACGGGAUACGAAGCGGAAAGUGUGACCUUCGAAAGUUACGUGUCCAAGGACAGGGCUCUGGUGCGAUGGCUUAAGGACUGGACAACGGUAGAAGGUGAACGCUUCCAAGCGCUCAUGGAGGGCCAUAAACGCACUCUUACGAUAGACCCUUUAAGACGCUCUGAUGCUGGGGAAUACACCUGUGAUGUCAACACAGACCAGAUCCACUUCAGUCUGCUGGUGAGAGAAAUGAGGAUUAAGUUUGUAAAAGCCCUCCAAGAUACUGUGGCUCACGCCGAUGGGAUGGUGACCCUGCGUUGUGAAGUGUGCAAGCCCAAAGCAGACGUCCAGUGGCUAAAGAACGGAGCAGAGGUGAUCCCAAGCAGGAGGUUCUCCAUUCGGGCAGAUGGAUGUGAACGAAGCCUGACCAUCCACCGUUUAACUCGAGAGGAUGCAGGGGAGUAUACCUGCGAGUCCAGGGAUGACCAGACCACUGCGACACUAAGAGUGGAGAUGCCUCGAGUGGUGGAGUUUCUCACUGACCUUCACAACACAACCGUGCUGGAAGGAGAAGACGCCACCUUCAAGUGUGUCGUCUCUCCUGAUGACGUCCAGUUGAUCUGGCUCAUGGACAAUGAGCCCAUCGUCAUGGGCAAUCGUUUCCAGGCAACGCAGAAUGGCUUGUGCCACAUGUUUGUCAUCAAAAAGUGCCAGAUAUUAGAUUCUUCAAAGAUUACAGCAGAAGCUGAAGGACAGAUGAGCAAAGCCAGUCUCAAAGUUCAGGAGGCUCAGGUCAUGUUUACAAAGAAAAUGGACGUGGUUAUCGGGGAGGAGUUCGGCGAUGCCACCUUGGAGGCAGAGAUCGGCCUAGAGACGGGUGAGGUCCAGUGGAUGAGGCAAGGGGUGGUCAUCCAGUCCGGUUCCCGACACACGCUGGCCCAGAGCGGCUGCAAACGCAGUCUGACCAUCCACAACCUGACUCUGUCAGACCGGGGGACCUACCGGUGCGAGACUCUUCACGACCGGACGCAGGUCAAACUCAAUGUGGAACCCAGAAAAAUCGUGAUCCGCAAAGGCCUAGCUGACCAAGAAACCUUUGAACGGGAGACGGCUUCCUUCGAGGUGGAGCUCUCGCACACAGAUGUAGAAGGGGUUUGGCAGAAAGACGGCAUCCGCGUGAAACCCAACAACCAGUUUCGUGUGAGCACCAACGGGCAGGUCCACGGCCUCACGCUGUGCAACCUGACCAUUGAAGACACGGGUACCAUCGUCUUCUCAGCUGAAGGAGUGCGCACCACCGCCAGGCUCACGGUCAAAGAGACACCGGUGUCUAUCUUGAAACCGCUGGCCGAUGUCCGUGUGGAGGAGGAAUUUCCUGCCACUCUGGAAUGUGAAUUCUCCAGACAAAAUGUCGAAGUCAGAUGGUUAAAGAAUGGGACAGAGCUGAAGCCGGGGAAGAACUAUCGGAUCUACUCCAUGGGUCGGAAGCGGUUCUGCCAGAUCCUGCAGUGUUCCCGGGCUGACUCUGGCUCGUAUACAUGUGACGCAGGGGAAAACAACACUUCCUGCUCCCUGGAGGUUUAUGAACAUGAGCUGGAGAUCGUUCACGAUCUUGAAGAUCUCUACAUUCAGGAAGACCAGAACGCCGUGUUCAUGUGUGAGGUUUCUCUGGAGGACGUGAACGGGGAGUGGUACAAGGACGGCCACAGGAUUCGGCCCACGAGCACCACAAAGACACGCACUGAAGGGACCAAACACUUUCUGCUCAUGUGCAAUGUUAAAGCGGAAGAUGCUGGAGAAAUCCGUUUUGUAGCCAGGGAUGUGGAGUCAACAGCCUACCUGGAGGUAGAAGAACUUCCGGUGUCCAUUGUAAAACCCCUACGAGACCGAACUGCCCUGGAGAAGCACCGGCUAAUCCUUGAAUGCACAGUGUCCUCGGCCCGCUCCAGCGUGACCUGGUACAAAGACAGACAGGAGCUGGUUUCUUCGGAUCGCAUGGAGAUCCAGGCGGACGGCUGCUGCCAUAAACUAACCAUCCACAAGGUGGACGUGGAGGAUGAGGGCACCUACAGCAUCGAGGUCGGGGAGCACACAUCCACAGCUAAACUGAUGGUUGAAGCCCAGGCCCUUGUGAUGGUGACGGAGCUACAGGAUGUGGAGGUGGCAGAGCCGGAGGCGGCUUCUUUCCAGUGUGAGGUGUCCGUUGACAUAAACAAGCCUCCAGUUUGGACUUUGAACGGGGUGGCUCUUCAACAGGGCCCGUCCAUCCGCCUGGAAAACCACGGGACAGUCCACAAACUCACGUUGAGGGAAACCAGUGUAGACAUGAGCGGCACAGUGAAGUUCACCAUGGGCAAGGCAAAGAGCAGCGCCACGCUCAGCGUGAUCGGAGAGUAGAAGGAAAAGAAAGUCACUCUUAAGAGGAAAAGGUCUAAAAUAUCUAGUUUUGCCCUUUUUUCUUUGUGUCUUUCAAAUAAAGGUUUCAGUGAAGUCAGAAAAAAAAUGAAAAUUUCAGUCAAGACAUGCAUUUUUUUUAACAUUGUAGAUAUUAUUUACUAUGACUUGAUCAUGAUUUUUAGUUGAAUUUACAGUACAUUCUUGUAUUUUAUGAAAAGAUACCAAAAAAAAAACUAAAAAACUUCUAUGUGGCUGUUAUAAUACUUAAUUGUCUGUAUUUCUGGGCUGAAGUCUGAAACUUUUCAAUUUUGAGACUUCUCCUGCCACUAGCACUCAAGAAGAGGUAAGGUCAAACAACAGUUUUAUUUUCAGAAUAAAUAAAUAAAUAAAAAUAAUAAGUCCUGCUUUUCUCAUUCUUAUGGAAAAAUGUUUUAUGUACA